AUGACUGUCACUCGCUCCCAGACGGGGAAAACCCCCAAGAAAAUGGAUCGCCCCGGUUACGUUGAGACACCUGGCCGACGAAUAACCCGCAGCAGCGUCGCGCCCUCCGAAGAGCCAUCGGAUUCAGCAACCGAGAGCAGGGGACGAACCAGGUCGACUACUCGAAGGCGCUCGACAAGAAUCAAGUCCGAGGAGCUAUCGGACGAUGAUCUGAAGCCCGCUUCAACGAAUGGCCACACCAAUGGGCAUACAAACGGAUACACAAACGGGCACAGCAAUGGGCACGCCGACGAGAAAGAACGGGUGAUUGACGGGUGGGUGAAGGGGAAGGAUCCGAAAAUCGACUACAGCGGCCAUUACGAGUUUGGCGGCUCUCCUGGCGUUCUCGCCAUGAUGAUCGGCUUUCCGCUCCUGAUGUACUACAUGUGGAUUGGUGCGACCUACUACGACGGCAAGUUCCCUCGUCCGUCAGAAGGCCAGACUACUCGGGAAUUCUUUGCGCAUAUGGGACACUUGGUGUACGAGGGCGCAUUCCCCACCCUCAAGGCUUGGACCAUGUACUGGGUCUUUUUUAUCUUUGAAGGCGCCUGCUACCUGCUUCUCCCUGGUAUCACUGUCAUGGGCCGUCCCUUGCCGCACCUUGGUGGAAAGCAGCUGCCAUACUAUUGCUCUGCUCUCUGGUCUUUCUGGACAACACUCACUUUGGCAUGUGUGCUCCACUUCACCGGUCUCUUCAAGCUAUAUACGAUCAUUGACGAAUUUGGCUCCCUCAUGAGCGUCGCCAUUCUGUCUGGCUUCUUGGUGUCGUUUAUCGCCUACUUUUCUGCAUUGGCUCGUGGUGCGGAACACCGUAUGACCGGCUAUCCCAUCUAUGACUUUUUCAUGGGCGCCGAACUCAACCCGCGCAUGUUCGGGAUUCUGGACUUUAAGAUGUUCUUCGAAGUCCGCCUUCCUUGGUACAUUCUCCUUCUUGUGACCAUGGGAACGGCUGCCCGACAGUACGAGGUGUACGGAUACGUCUCUGGAGAGGUUGGAUUCCUCCUGAUGGCGCACUUCCUGUACGCCAAUGCCUGCUCCAAGGGCGAAGAGUGCAUUGUUUCCACCUGGGAUAUGUACUAUGAAAAAUGGGGCUUCAUGUUGAUCUUCUGGAACCUAGCUGGUGUGCCGUUGAGCUACUGCCACUGCACAAUCUACCUCGCCAACCACGACCCUGCCACUUACCACUGGAACAAAUACGUCCUCGGAUUCCUCUACGUGGCCUACCUCUUUGUCUACUGGGUCUGGGAUACCACGAACAGCCAGAAGAACCGCUAUCGCCAGCAAGAGCGCGGCACGAGAGUGUUCCGCAAGGCCUUCCCCCAGCUCCCCUGGCAAACCUUGAAGGACCCCAAGACGAUUACUGCCGCCGAUGGCUCCAAGAUCCUUGUCGACGGAUGGUACGGCAAGGCUCGCAAGAUCCAUUACACCUGCGACCUCUACUUCGCCCUGAACUGGGGUCUCAUUACUGGUUUCAACAGCCCCUUCCCAUGGUUCUAUCCUCUCUUCUUCGCGUGCAUGAUUUCUCACCGUGCCCUGCGCGAUAUUCAGCGCUGCCGGAACAAGUACGGCGAAGCAUGGAUUGAGUACGAGAAGCGCGUUCCGUACCUCUUCAUUCCUUACGUAUUCUAA